UAUAUUUUUAAUCGAUCAAUCAAACAAUUAACACGAUUCAGUAUAAUUCCGCUGUAAGUAAUUAGUAAUAAACGAAUUUACAAGUAUCAAACAAAAUAAAAGACAACAAUUACGUUCUACUUGACAAGUAAACACAUUGAUAAAUCUACUUUACUGAACUAAGCGCAAUAUGAUCAGAUAGAUUAAAAGCGCGGCGCUCUAAGUAGGUAAUACUAUUAUCACAGCUAAGUAAUUAAGUGUAAGAAAAUCGAUAGGCAUAUUGGUGAAAAGCGGAUUAAAUUAAUUCGCAACAUUUAAUUGAAUUAUUUAUACAUGGAAGAAAAUGUGAAAGAAAAAGAGAAAAUGUUUCCUCUUGCUGUCGUGACGUCAGUUAUGACGUAAUAACUAACCAAUGUUCACUGCGUUCAAUCUAAAAUAUAGAUAGCGUUUCAUUUAGAGCUCCCUUAGUCCGGCUUUGAACGUUACGACGUAUUGUUUAAAUGUUUGAUGUACAACUCUUGAUCCCGAUACAAUAUUCGGAACGGUCACGUUACUUUAGGGAUCAGUUCUCAACCCACGGUCGGCCGAUAUUGGUUCCCCAUUGCUUUUCCAUCAAUAACGAAGAAUGCGUUCGCGACACACGUAUUAUGCGUUGUACAUUUUCAUUUUGAAUAACUUAGCAGGUCCAUAUGUUUAUAGUUAAGCUUUAACAGCGGUUGAUCAAUGGAACCAGACUUCGCGCUCGCGCCGUUGUCCCUCUGACGUUCGUGUACAUUCGCUUUCUUGCUUCGAAUGUUUGUAAUUAUAUCUGUGAAAAACGGCUUGACCCGCAAAGUGCGUUGGAUCCGUGAAUUCGUCUAACCCGGAAUGGUGAUCCCAACAUCCGUUCCACCGCCGUUUCUGUUCUAAUAUUUGUCCUUCAUGUGUUAAUUAAUUGUCGUAAUAUAAGAAGUAUUGACUGGUCGAACGGUUGUUCGAAAUCAGAUCUACAAUGAGUUCCCAACCAAUUGUGGUACCCGGUGGUGAUCACCGAUCUCAAUCAGAAACUCAUUCUGUCUCUGUUGGAAGUGCUUCUGAUUCAUUUAAAACCAUGACACCACCGAAUGUUAGCCGAUCACUUAGUAAUCGUAUUAGUGACAGUGGAUGUGGUACUUUACCAAGUAAGCUAGAACCAGUGGAUCAACAACUUCGACGAAGCAGUGCUCAAGUACAGUCUGCAACAUUACCUAAACUUCCAUCAACAGAGUCCCUAUCGACAAGUGUAAAUUUAACAACUGCUGCUCCUCCACUAUCUCCAGGACUAUCUGCGAUGGGGGAAGCUAAUCAAAAAACUGAUAAUACAUCUGAUAAGUCUUUAGAUUCUUGUAAAUUAACACGAAAAGAAUCAUAUAAGGCUCAAAGAAAAAAUUAUCGAAUGGAGAAGAAACGUGUGGCUAAUGAACUUCUUAGUUCAUUUAAAGAUCCAACUGUUAUUGUGAUGAGUGAUUGGCUUAAAGUCCGUGGAACACUGAAGAGUUGGACAAAACUGUGGUGUAUUUUGAAGCCUGGUUUACUCUUGCUGUACAAAAGUCCCAAAAUAAAAAGCAAUCACUGGGUAGGAACAGUUUUAUUAAAUACGUGUCAAGUGAUAGAACGACCAAGCAAAAAAGAUGGCUUUUGUUUUAAGCUAUUUCAUCCUUUAGAACAAUCAAUUUGGGCUCCGAGAGGUCCAGAAAAGGAAGCUAUUGGUGCUGUUGUACAACCUUUGCCAACUUCUUACCUGAUCUUUAGAGCUCCUUCACAGGCAGCUGGUAAAUGUUGGUUGGACGCGCUUGAAUUGUCUUUGCGUUGUUCUUCACUAAUAAUUCGUUCUACAAGUGCAUUGCCUCGUACUUUGCCACACGAUACCACAACAACUCAUGAAACUCAGUGGAGUGAAGCAGAUUAUGAAAAACAUUUUGAUGAACAUGUAUGUUUAUCUAAUUAUGCUCCCCGAUCUCCUGCAACGCCUCAAAGACGUUUACUGUCAUGCCCGCAGCCAUUCCUACUUAAUACAACAGACACUCCUAGAAGUGCUUGUCCUUCGCCAACCCCCAUGUUUCAACAGUUGUAUCAUGCAAUAGCUUAUUGGGAUAAGCGGUUUUGUGAUAGAUCUCCAACACCUGCCACAGAUACAGAUGUAAUCGAAAUUUCAAGUUCUGUGGGAACAUUAGGUGAUGGAGAUAUAUAUCCUGAUAGAUCUCACGUUGAAAUUAAAGCUUUAAAACGUGUAAUAUCUAAUAAUCGGCGCAUGACUCUUCCCUCUAUACACGUCCUUGAGUAUGACACCCCACAAGUAGUAACGCUAGACCCUAUGCACUCCUCACACACAGACCUGGACGACAUUAGUCAACCAGAAAAUGGAGUGGCUGCUGAUGCAGAGAUUAGUGCUUCGGACAGUGAAUCUGAAGGAUCAGCUAAAGAAGAUCAACCAGAAACUAUCAACGAGACACCUUACGUAGCAAAUGAAAACGAAAUUCUUGGAUCAGCCGGGGAGGUAGUCACUGAAUUACAAGAAGAACAAAAAUCAUUGAUAUGGUUUCUGAUGAAACAAGUUCGACCAGGCAUGGAUUUAUCCAAAGUUGUUUUGCCAACUUUUAUUUUAGAACCUCGCUCAUUUUUAGAGAAGCUGGCCGACUCUUACUAUCACGCAGACUUAUUGUCUCAAGCAGUGCUAGAAGAUGAUGCGUUUACACGUAUGAAAGGUGUUGUUAAGUGGUAUUUAUCUGGUUUCUAUAAGAAACCUCAAGGUUUAAAAAAACCAUAUAACCCACUAUUGGGUGAAACUUUUCGCUGCUAUUGGCAGCACUCUAAUGGUUCAAGAACCUUUUACAUAGCUGAACAAUUAUCUCACCAUCCACCUAUAUCUGGUUUCUAUGUAACAAAUCGUCAAGAUGGGUUUACUAUUAGCGCUACAAUUAUUGCUAAAUCUAAAUUUUAUGGGAAUUCGACAUCAGCAGUUCUAGAUGGUGUUGCAAUAUUAACGAUGUUACCUAGAGGAGAAGAUUAUACCAUGACUAUACCUUACGCUCAUUGUAAAGGUAUCCUUAUGGGAACAUUAUCUAUGGAACUAGGUGGAAAAGUUCAGAUAAAUUGCGAGAAAACAGGUUAUCAUACUGAAAUAGAAUUCAAGCUUAAGCCAUUCCUUGGUGGAGCAGAACAAAUGAAUCAAGUAUCAGGUGCAAUACGUCUAGGAAAAGAGACUCUUGCUACUAUAUCAGGGUAUUGGGAUGGUCAAAUAGUAAUUACAGAUAAAAGGGCUGGACAAGAAAGUAUAUUCUUCAAUCCAACGCCAGAAGUGCGCAGGAAGAGAUUGAAAAAAUAUACAGUACCCCUAGAACACCAAGGUGCAUGGGAAAGUGAAAGAUUGUGGUACGAUGUUACUCAAGCAAUCAAUCGAGAUGACCAAGUUGCUGCUACUGAUGCAAAAACUCAUUUGGAAGAAGCGCAAAGAGAACGUGCCAAAGAACGAAAACUUAAAGGUCAAGAAUGGAUUCCUAAAUAUUUUGUUCAGGAUAUUAUAACGGGGAAUUGGGUAUAUCGACAUGCCGAUGUUAGACCAUGGGAUCCUAGAAAUGAUGUUGUACAAUACGAACAAGAAUAUAUCGUGCGUACUAAAACUAGGCACAAAACACCGAUUAUGCGUACCGGUAGUAUUGUUUCUACUGAUCCUCAAACACAGGUUCCGCUUCUUCAGGCAGAGUCUCGUUCUUCGCUCUCUGUAUUGAAGUCUUCGAAAAGACAAUUAUCGAACAAUCUGCCAUUAACAGAAACAGCUCAUGAUUCUGGAAGUUCAUCUGCAGAAGGGCAUUCAGAUUCUAGUCAGUCGAUAGGUAAAAGGAAACGUUCUACUGCAAGAAUAAUAGACGUUAUGAAAGAUGUAGAACGUCAAAUGUUACAAUAUGGUGAAAAACUUAAUCGCAUACAACACAUAAUAGAGCAGCUCGCUAUAAGGCAAAGAGAACAAGGUGAUCAACAUCAUACAAUAAGUAUGUUAAAGAAUUUCAUAGAUACAAUUCUAGUUAUUGUAAUAGUUCUGUCUGUACAAUACUUUGCAAAAAUAUGGACCGCAGAACCCAGCGGGGGUUGAAGAUUGCGAUAGGAUAUCACAGUGUAUAUUUUAUAUAUUAUUUAUCUUCUCUCAAUUCGAGUUGUCAGCUUUUAUCCAAAAAGCCUUAAUGGGAGAGACCCCCUAAAAUUUAACGUACCUAAUUUACACGUGUUUUCUGUGGAGGCAAUAAACCACGUUGUUUUUGGUAGAAUAUUACUGAAGAAUAGAGUAAAGGAUCCAGAGGUUCCAGGGAGUAUCUGUAAUCACAGUGCAAUCUUCUUUUACUUAUAAUUUUUAGGAGCUUUAGUUGACACUAUUGUAGGACAACAUUUCCCUCGCAUUAAAAAAUGUAGAAUUCAUUUUCUAGUAACUACUAUAAGACAUUAAGUUCUUGUUGAACGGUCCUCACAGUAACAAUGAACUGUUAAGGGUAAGGGGAUUAACUUCACAAUUUCUUUGAGCUUAUCAUGUACAUAAUAUUUUAUAUCGUACUGCACGGAAAGUAAUUAUAUUUAUUCAGAGAACCUAACGAUGUUGUAGUCUUUAAUGCAUUCGCUCAAUAGUAAACUGUAAUAUUAAUAAGAUUCUUGUAAAAAUGACAGCUAUAUUAUAUUACUAUAAUAAAUUUAAUUAUAUUACCUUGAACUACAAAGAUUAUAAAAAAAGGGGGAUUGCAGUUCCAAGUUAAAUAUAAUAUAAAUUUUACAGUGGUUACCGAAAAUAAUAGCUUCGAAAUAUUAGUGAAUCAGUCAGCAGUAUUGUUAUUAAAUAGACAAUAUACAGUAAAUUUGGAAAGUUAAUAUUGUCGAUACAACAUUAAUGAAAAAAUUCGUCCAAAAUUUUGAAAUAGGAGCUUAAGCUGUAAUUUUGAUUUUGUAUAUUUAUAUUGCUGAAUUUAUUGCAACAUAUUCAAUAAAAGUCGGUGACUUCGUUUUCAUAUUUAGGAAGACCUGCAUGAGAAAUACUACUUUAUACUCUAGCAAUUUAAAAUAAAUUUUAAUUAUAUAUGCUUAUAAAUUAUUGCAACUCUGAAUGCAAGAAUGUUGAUUUUUUUUAGUGAAGUACUUUCCUAAUAAAGAUAUGAAGAAGAUAUUAGUCAUUUUGGUGUUAAAGUAAAUGAUAUAUGUAUAUAUACAAUACAUAUGUAUAUGUAUAUAUAUAUGUGUGAUUUGAAUUUUUAAUGAUGUUUCAUAUCAAGUUAUAAAAAUUGAUAAAAUCUGUUUAGAUCUUUAAGCAACAUUGAUUUGAAAAAAACAACGUACAAUAAAAAUUGAUGCUUUUAUAAUGUUAUAUUUUAGUAACAAAAGAGUCCUUUUCAAAUACAAUUUUGUUCAUAGAUAUAAAAUGUGCAUAUUUAAAUAAAACAGGCAAGAAUGUUUUUAUACAUAUAAUGAUGCAUUCAUUAAUAUAGAUACAUUUUUUGCUUGGAGUUAAAUAUUAGUACAACCUACUACUAUAUCAAAUUUGAAUACCGUCUUCUUUUAUACAGCCUUUUACAUAUAAUUAGUUACUGUUCUUUUGCAUACAAUAAGUGUGUAUUGGCAGAUAAUAAGUACAUUUUUUUUAUAUAUACAAAAAAUUGAUUGCAAAUGCCGUUUAUCUCAUUAAUAAUUGACAAUUACCAUUAAUUUAUAUUCUUAGAAUUUUGCUUCAUAUUUAAAAUACUAAUGUCCCAAAUCAUAAUAAAACAUUCCUUAAUUGUUAGAAACUUUUAACCAUAUAUAGACCAAUCUUUUGUUACUAGAUUGUAAUGUGUGUUUUGUAUUUUUAAAACACUACAAUAGCUCCAAACUGUUCCAUGAAUAUCUUAAUGAAUUUCGGUAAUACAGUUUGAUAAAUUCCACAAAUAUUUAUUAAAUUUGUUAAAAUUGAUUAAUUGAAUCUACCAAGUUAACAUUUAUUACAGUUUUAAUAUUGUUAAUGAUCGUGUAUGGCCUCCGUGAUUAAUAUUGUCAUAUUUUGCACAAAGAUUUGUAAUAAUUCUUCAUUUAAUUAUUUCGACUUAUGGUUAUUUAAUUGUUUAUAGUUAUAAUUAUACGUAAGAAAUUCGGAAGAUGAAUCAGAUUAGAAUAAUCCAAAGAGUCAGUAAUGAUACAAAGUAAAUUACAUUGUUAGCUCUUAUCACAUUUCACAUGUGGUGCUGUGUACUAUGGAAUAGAUUAUUUUUUGUAAUAUUUACCGAUCCAAUAUAUUUUCGGUAGAGUACCUGAUAUUUUUGUAUUAUAGUUUAAUUAAGUUUUAUGUCUAUGAAAAAAUUAGAAAAUUUUACUAAUAUUAUUCAUUGUUCAAUAUUGUUAAU